GUUGGCAGCAUUGAUUACUGUGUCGGUAAUAGCGUAAUUAAAGCGUGCAGUUUCUACUCUGAAAUUAAAACUUUUCUUUUAUAUUAAUUUUUCCAAGGAAAUAUUUAAUAAUCACCAUGGCUGCGACAAUGCCAAUAAAUCCAAAACCAUUCUUAAAUGGUUUAACCGGAAAACCUGUAAUGGUAAAACUAAAGUGGGGUCAUGAAUAUAAAGGAUAUCUUGUGUCAGUAGAUGGUUAUAUGAAUUUACAACUUGCAAAUACAGAAGAACACAUAGACGGAACCUGUACUGGUAAUCUUGGAGAAGUAUUGAUACGAUGUAACAAUGUCAUGUAUAUACGUGGUGUAGAAGAGGAAGACGAGGAAGGAGAGAUGAAAGAUUAAAUUGAUGCGUAUAAGACUUAUGUACUUUUGAUUACUUAUUUAAGUUAUAUAUAAAUAAAUUUAAGUCUUUACAACUUUA